AAAAUAUCUAUUCAUAAAUGGGUACUUAAUAUAUAGUUAUAUAUAUUAGCAAAAUAAAGUACGAAGAAGAAUGAUAAGAAGAAAGAUAAGAAAUUAACAACUAAAAAUGUUUCAAAAGUGAUAUAAAAGAAGGUCCCAAAAAAGUUAGUAAAGAAAGUUUAACCAAAAAAGACUGUUCUUGCAAAAAAGAAAGUUGUGGUUAAAAAAACAUAAAAAAAACUUGUUGUUAAAGCAGUUCCUGUGAAAAAGGUUGUUCCUAAAAAAGCAAAAGUGGCUCCCGCCAAAAAAUAAGUUUCAAAAAAAUAAAAUGCUAAAGAAUAAAAAGUUGAUAAAUAAUCAAAAAGUAAAGUUCUUAAGCCAGUUACUCCAAAGGCUGAUGCGACACCAAAAGUACCAGGAAAGUUUGCAGCAUAUACUUUAGAUUAAUAUNGUAUCAACCUAUACUGA